ACCAGACGGUCCCGCUUCGGCUACCUCUCUAUAUCGCCCACCGUCAGUAUAAGGUGAGGGCCGUUUCCCUCGUCAGGAUCUCGUGCCUACCUACCUUUCCUGAGGAAAAUUGCGCCCAGUCCCCCGCUCGUCCCUGGGUUUUUCCUGCCUGGUCCCUGCAAAUAUGUCUGGAGAGCAUGAGGCUGAGAUCACUCAUACUAAUUGGUAUCUCAGGCCGCAACAGGGCCAUGGCACCGUCACCGACAACAUCGUAAACGAAAAGGCAGGCUUUCCCGAGGCUAGCGAGAAGGCAUUGAGUGCCACUCCCGAUGGUGAAGAACCCAACGCCGAGGAAACCGCUACUCUUCGUCAUGUCGCCGAACAUCUGCCUAUCUCCGCUUGGCUUGUCGCCAUUGUCGAGCUGUGCGAACGUUUCACCUACUACGGAAUGUCCGGCAUGUUCCAGAACUAUGUCGACCGCCCUCUGGACGGGAGUGAGGGACGCGGUGCCCUGGGCAUGGGCCAUCAGGGAGCCACUGGUCUCACCACCUUCUUCCAGUUCUGGUGUUAUGUUACUCCCAUCCUCGGUGCCAUUGUCGCUGAUCAAUACCUCGGUAAAUACAAGACCAUCGUGGUCUUCUGUAUCAUUUACCUGGUCGGUCUGCUCAUCCUGGUCUGCACUUCGAUCCCCACGGCUCUUAGCCAUGGUGCCGGCGUUGGAGGUUUCAUCGUGUCUAUCUUGAUCAUUGGUCUGGGUACUGGUGGUAUCAAGAGUAACGUUGCCCCUCUCAUUGCCGAUCAGUACAAGCGCAAGAAGAUGGCAGUCUCGACUACCCCCAAGGGUGAAAGGGUUAUUAUCGAUCCUUCCCUAACGAUUCAGCGCAUUUACAUGAUCUUCUAUGGCUGUAUCAACGUGGGCUCCCUGUCUUUGUUGGCAACCCCUUACAUGGAGAAGUACAUCGGCUUCUGGUCCGGAUAUCUGCUUUGCUUGUGCAUGUUCGCCGUCGGUACCACGGUGCUUAUCGUUGGCCGCAAGUACUACGUUGUCCGCCCUCCGCAAGGCUCGAUUAUUACCGAUGCGUUCAAGGCCCUGUGGAUCAUGAUUGUCAGCCGCAACAUGGAUGCCCCCAAGCCCAGCUGGCAGGCGGCCAACGGUGGUGCCAGGACCAACCUGCCCUGGGAUGAUCACUUUAUUGACGAGCUCAAGCGUGCCUUGGUCGCGUGCCGGGUGUUCUGUUUCUACCCGAUCUACUGGGUUGUCUACGGUCAAUUCUCGAGCAACUUCGUCACCCAGGCUGGCCAGAUGGAGGGCCAUGGAAUCCCGAACGACCUGAUGCAGAACUUCGACCCUAUCUCUAUCAUUGUCUUCAUCCCCGUCCUGGAGACCCUUGUCUACCCAUUGCUGCGUCGCAUGCGCAUUCGCUUCCGCCCCAUUACCCGUAUUGCCCUGGGCUUCGUUGUCGCCUCCCUGGCUAUGAUGUACGCCGCCAUUGUUCAGCACCUUAUCUAUUCCGCCGGUCCCUGCUACGAGCAUCCCCUGUGCGAGGCUUCGGAAGUUGAUGGGUCGACCACUGGCAACCACGUGCACAUUGCGAUUCAGACUCCCGCCUACGUCUUCAUCGGUCUGUCUGAAAUUUUCGCAUCGGUGUCCGGAUUGGAGUAUGCCUACACCAAGGCCCCUCCGUCGAUGAAGUCCUUCGUGCAGUCGAUGUACCUCCUGACCAACGCAUUUGGUUCCGCUCUCGCCGAGGCCCUGACCCCCGCCGCCUACGACCCUGCUAUCAUGUGGAUGUUCGUGGGUCUGGCUUGCGCCUCGUUCAUUGCCGGUAUCAUCUUCUGGCUGGUGUACCACCACCUGAACGACCAGGAAGAUCAGCUGAACGCGCUCGACGCGGAUGACCCGGAUGCUCCCACGCCGGCUCAUGAGGAGAAGAAGGAGCAGGAGAACUGAGCUCCGCUCA